CCCCCCAUUCUCUCUCUCCUUACAAACUAAACUCCUCUCUCUCUCUCUAGAAAUAUCUCUCAGACUUCCGGCGGCGAUUCACACCGGAGAACAGUCACCGUCUCCGAUCAGCUGACAGUUUUGUUCAAUCUACGGUUGUUCAAUCUACAGUCGCCGAUUCAGAACAAUAAUUUAUUCGAUUUUGUCUGAAAAUACCUAACCUAGUCUCAUUUGAGACAUCCGCAGCUGAAAAUUCAUGUAACUUACCGAAUUUGAAGGUUAAUUCAGAAGGAUGGAAGGUGUUUGCGUUAACCGGUCGAUUGAGUUGUAACUUUUUUACUAUACACGCAAAGUUCUAUUGUAAUUCCUUGUUUCUGCUGCUGCUGCGAAGAAGAAGAAGUUGCUGUAAUUUCUUAGGAUCUAAAUCGGAUUCUCUAUAAACUACGUCAUGGACAUGGAUAUACAGGAUCAUAGUGAAGGAACUUGUGCUAAUACAGAUUUUGACGAUCAAAUGUUCUUGGAUGCUGCAAACAGAAAUUGUACUCUGGAUGUCCAGUCAAAUGAACCUUCACCUACUGGACUUGAAUUUGCUAUGAAGGUUAGAAAACCAUACACAAUAACUAAACAACGUGAGAGAUGGACAGAGGAAGAACACGAGAAGUUCCUCGAAGCUCUUAAGUUACACGGGAGAGCUUGGCGUCGAAUCGAAGAACAUGUUGCCACUAAAACUGCAGUUCAAAUUCGUAGCCAUGCUCAGAAGUUCUUUUCAAAGGUUGUACGUGAUUCGGAUCGAAGUGAUGCAGGCUUAGUGAAGGCGAUUUCAAUUGAAAUCCCACCUCCUCGUCCAAAGAGGAAACCUGUCCAUCCAUACCCAAGAAAAAUCGUAGCUUCAAUCAAAACAGGAGGGAGAUCUCCAUCCUCUUCAAAUUUGUAUGCUUCUGAAGAAGAACAACAACAAUCUCCUACUUCUGUACUGUCUUCUCUGAUUGGAUCAGAAGAGAAUAACAGAUCCGCCACACAAUCUCCCAUGAAAUCAGAUUUCUCAAGAUUUGAGGGGAAACCGAUCCAGAGUCUGAAGCUAUUCGGAAAGACAGUUUUAGUCUCGGAUUCUUCACCACCAGCAAUGGAAGAAGGAAUUAUUUUUGAUUCAUCAUCUGGUUAUAAUUCAAACAUUGCAUAUCCAACCGUCUAUAACAUGAAUUUAUCGGAGGCUGGUUCUUAUCCAACAACGGUUACAAGCUCUUUCUUUCCUUUACAUAGAAAGGCAGAUGAAUCUUCGAAUAGUGGACAGACACAAGAUAAAGGUUGUUGGUCUGGUUCAAACUGCGAAACAGAAGCCCAUAGCUGGAAGAAAGGUUUUGUUCCUUAUAAGAGGUGUGUGACCGAGGAAAGGGAUUCUCAAUUCGAUGAUAACGAAGAUAGAAGUGUUCGUCUUUGUUUAUAGUUUAUCAUAUUAGUGUAGAUUAUGUUUUACUUUUUGUCUUCCUUUGGUAGAAAUAGAUUUGAUGAUGGCUUCAGGAAUGAGUUAAAAAACUCGUUUUGUUAUGGCUGUUAUUUGUAAGGUAGCUGUCCAAAUGUUUAUUGUUCCAUUUUUAUUUUAUUUUUAUUCUCUCAUUGUUAUCCAAUUUGUAAGUUUUUAUUUUUUUUUGUCACACUUUUGUAUGGACCCUUCUUUCAAUUGUGAACUAAUACUAUUUUAGUAAAUUUUGUGUU